CAGCAGUGAUACUUUGACUUUCUUCCAGCUGGUUCCUGACUUUACAUUUAUGUAGCAGUAAAUAACUUUUGGAGUUUUUAUUGAGUGCCUCUUGCAUAUGCAGCACUACUACUCUAAAUACUGGGUCUAAAGGAUGAAGAUAGAAAAUGUCCCUGUCCUCAUGGAGUUUAUAUUCUUGUGGGGAGAGACAGCCAAUAAAUAAAAUAACUAGCAAGAAAACAUCAGACAGUAAGAAUCUUAUGAGAACAUCUAUGAAGAAUGAAUCAGAUAUCUUAGUUGCAAGUGGUGGAUCCCAUUCUAGUUAGUUAAAGCAGAGGAAAAAAAAAUUAAGGGUAUUACAUAGCUCAUAGAUUCUUUAGGGGAAAGUGGAGAAUCAGUUUGGGGACUGCUUAGCUAGGAACAAUGCCUAAAUUAUAACACUGGGCUCCAUCAUUGAAGAUAUUACUUCUUUUGUUGCAGAACAGGUAUUGGAAUUUGCACUGUCUGUGCUGAGUAUGAGAUGUAACUGCUAGGACAUCUGUCAUUUCGCCUUCUGAAAGGAAGGUAUAUCUCUCUGAAAUAUACUUCAGAAUAGACUAAACAUGGUGUCUCCAUUAUAUCACUUGCUUUCUAACUGAAAUGUCAUGUGAGUGUGUUUGGUUGGGAGAACGUAGGUCACAUACCCACUUCCUGUUUACAGAAGAGGCUGAGGAAGUGAAUUUCUGACUUAUGUUUUGGGAAGGCACGACUUAGGAGAUGAGAAAUUUUCCAAACAAGGAAAGCGGUUUAAAGGUGCACCAGAGGCUCUCUUCCUGGCAGAAUUUGGGAGUUGUUUAUUGCAGUACUGUUGUGCCCUCUGAUGAUGUGACAGUGGUGUAUCAAAAUGGGUUACCUGUGAUAUCUGUGAGGCUACCAUCCCGGCGUGAACGUUGCCAGUUCACACUCAAACCUAUUUCAGACUCAGUCGGUGUGUUUUUACGACAACUUCAAGAAGAGGAUCGGGGAAUUGACAGAGUUGCAAUCUACUCACCAGAUGGCGUUCGAGUUGCUGCCUCAACAGGAAUAGACCUCCUACUCCUUGAUGACUUUAAGCUGGUCAUUAAUGACUUAACAUAUCAUGUACGACCGCCAAAGAGAGACCUCUUAAGCCACGAAAAUGCAGCAACACUGAACGAUGUAAAGACACUCGUCCAGCAGCUAUACACCACACUGUGCAUCGAGCAGCACCAGUUAAACAAGGAAAGGGAGCUUAUUGAAAGAUUAGAGGAUCUCAAACAGCAACUGGCUCCCCUGGAAAAGGUACGAAUUGAGAUUAGCAGAAAAGCUGAGAAGAGGACCACUUUGGUGCUAUGGGGUGGACUUGCCUACAUGGCCACACAGUUUGGCAUUUUGGCCCGGCUUACCUGGUGGGAAUAUUCCUGGGACAUCAUGGAGCCAGUCACCUACUUUAUCACUUAUGGAAGUGCCAUGGCAAUGUAUGCAUAUUUUGUAAUGACACGUCAGGAAUAUGUUUAUCCAGAAGCCAGAGACAGACAAUACUUAUUAUUUUUCCAUAAAGGAGCCAAAAAGUCACGUUUUGACCUAGAGAAAUAUAAUCAACUCAAGGAUGCAAUUGCUCAGGCAGAAAUGGACCUUAAGAGACUGAGAGACCCAUUACAAGUACAUCUGCCCCUUCGACAAAUUGGUGAAAAAGAUUGAUCUGCAAAGAGCCUCUGAAUCCUGGCAGAAAGAACACCUGUUUAUAACUAUUGCCUUUUUAAUUAAAGCAUUGCAGGUGGAAGCUGGGAGCCAUGUCGGGGUAGAGGGUUUUUACCUUUAAUUAAAAACAAAAACAAAAAGGAUCUUAGGGAAGAAGGGAAUGUUAAAAUCUGAGGAUCAGGCUUUGUGGAAUGUAAGCUCAAAGGGCUUAGUGAAUAUUGUCUUAAUCAAGCAUCUUAGUUUCUGGAUGAAAAUGAUGCAUUAUACAGUUGAGAGAUUCAUAAAGAGAAAAGGAUGCUGGGAGUGUUCCUUUCUUGCAUCUUCUUUGCAGGGUCAGCAAAACAGUAACACACCAGCACCCCACUCAGCUCUAAUUUUUUUUUUAAUUUAACUUUUCUUAUUUUUGACAUAGGAGUAAAUAAAUAUACCAGAAAAGCAAAUCCUCAAGAUAUGUGGGUGGCAAACAGAGUCUGAGCCCGUGCCAUUAGCAUUUAUUUUAAAUUGGACCCAGUCUCUGCAAAGUUACCAGGAAUCUCUCCUAUUUGUGCCCUUUUCUGACCACCCACUCCUGUUGGUUACACUAAUUUUAUCCAUAUGAUAGUUGGAACCAACUUACGACUGUUUGAUAAUUGACACUUUGGAUUAUCCCGUAAUACCUUCUUAAAUGUCUGUAUAUUCCAGUGCUCUGGAUCAGUAUCUAGGAAUCAUUGGCAACACUGCAUGAGGUUGUUUUGUUUCGUUUCGUUUUGUUUUUUCACUAAUCAAUCUUUAAAAGGAGGCAGAGUUUCCCUCCUUUAUUUAACUAUCCUAUUGAUAUUCCUCUCUCCCUCCACAACUCAAAUCAGAGGGGGGGGGGGUGGGGUUCAGCUGUAUUACCAAAUCAGGAAGAUGUAAGGUUUACAGAUUGGCUAAAAAAUCAUGGCUCUCUAGCCAUUUCAGAACCAGAAUAAUUUCAGUGCUGUUAGUCUGCUUGUGUGACAGCAUUCCAGCCCACCCAGGUGGUGCUGCCUUGUCUGGAGAUUUUGUUAAUCUUGAAGGACACACACUUCCACGCUGUUUGUGAGCCCUCCCUCCUCCACCACUUUAAUAGUUGUAAAUCAAGUGUGUGGCUCUCAAAGGGUGCAAUUUAUCUUUAUACAAGAAUACAUUUCUAUGGCUUCCUUCAACCUGCCCUCUUCACCCUAUUUUUUCUUAUCUUAAAUUGAGAGAAGGAAGAAUUAAUCUUAUACUCUAUCAAAAUAUUUUCUACCAUACUUCCAGAUGACAUCUGCAGUUGAAGAGUCAAAGGAAUCUGUGUCUAAUAUCCUGUUUUGCACUACGGUGGGGGACAGGAUGGAAAGGAUGAUGAGGCUUGCCACACAGCUGAUUGGCUUUUUCUUUCACAUGAUUCAUCCCUCCUCAUUGUGGCAAGGAGUUUUCUUUCUCAUUUUCUUCCUCCUUUGGGAUCAUCGUGUAUGAAAAGAAACACUUUAGGCGACAAACCCAGACUCCAGGUGCCUUGUAGAGGUCGAAGGCUAGCCAGGACCGCCGCCGCUGCUGCCGCCACCCCUUCCACUGGCAUGUUGGAAUGAAAGGGCGCAUGUCCCCCCUUCCCUCCCCCCAGUCGUUCAGCCCCUCCCCUCAUUUAUUUUUGUUAAGUUAAUGUGAAUUAUUUUUAAAUCAUUUAUCCUGUUUGUGUGCAGGGUUUUUAAGAAGAAACAGCACAGUGCAAUGAGCAAAUCCUUUCAGGGUGUGUGGGAGGCAAGGGAGGGAAGAUGUGGAGAAAAGUCCUUUACACAAAUAGCAAAAUACUGAACAUGUGUAAAAUCCUGUAUCAUUUAUGAAAUAUGUAUAAAAAGCAAUGUACCUUCUGGAACAAUAAAUACUUAUUCAAUUUUUGAA